AUGUCUGCGUCAUUGGAGACUAUACAACUGCCCCAUCUGCCUUCGAAUCUGCCCGUACAUAUCGGUCUCUAUCGCGAUGUUAAUAAUGCGCCUUUUCUUCGCCAGCAGCUGCUUUCGGGGAAUGCAGACUUCGAGUAUGCGUUCAUUGAUGCGAGCAUGGUCUUUUCAAGAGCCCAUGUUCUCUCUGCUAUCUUUAGGGCCGUCAAUGAUUCGUUGAAUGGGCGUCUCAAGUCGCGCAAUGUCCACUCGGAGAUAGUCUUCUCUUUGAGUCCUGCCAACAAUAUCGCGGAAUCUUUUCGCAAAUUUGGCAUUACUGACUUGACGAAAGAUCUGCUGGUGGUCAAAGUCUCCGUCACGCCGGAUAUCACUCACAACUCGGUAGCGGAGCAUUUACAGCAAUCCAUUGAGGGCUUGUCUGUACCAUUCACCGAUACAUCGUUAUCCGAGAUCGGGGAUGUUGCGAAGAUCAAGAAAGCCUAUAAAUUGGGGUCUCUGAGUACUGCUCAAGAUGACGAUAAACGCCGACUCGAGCUUUCAUUGAUAGGCGCAAUUGCUUUGCGAGGGGCGACGUGA